AUGGGAAGAGAUUUCUCCGGCACAGUGGCCGAAGUUGGGUCCAGCGUCACAAAUUAUACCAAGGGCGACGAGGUAUUCGGUCUACUCUUCCAAGCUUUCGGCCAAGGGACAUUCAGCGAGUAUAUAAACAUUAACCCCGCCUCAAAUCCGAUUGCCAAGAAACCCAAUUGCUUUACCCAUGAACAAGCAGCUUCCAUUCCUCUUGUUGCUUUGACAGCUUAUGCUUGUCUUGACUGGCUCCCACCACAGACUGGAUCUCAGAGAAGAGUAAUCAUUCGAGGAGCAUCCGGUGGCACCGGCAUGUGGCUGGUUCAGUUGGCAAAGGUUUCGUACGAUUGUCAUGUCACAGCUAUCUGCUCCAGCAAGAAUGCUGCUUUUGUCAAAGAUCUUGGUGCCGACGAAGUGAUAGACUACACUUCUCAAAAUAUCGUAUCGACUCUCGAGGAGCAACUAGCUGCCAAUGGACAAAGUGAUCUCAUUGUCGAUUGCGUUGGUGGCACCGAGCUUCUUGAUUCUUAUGAACGAAUUUUACACAAGCAAGGUGCAUAUGUCACCAUUGUCGGAGACAAAACAGACGUCAAAACCCUUGGCGGCCCAGUCACAUAUUUCAACACACCUGCUCAAGUAAUUCGCUUCAUCAAAGGAUGGAUCUGGGGUCCUCGAUAUGCAUGCGUGUCAUUGUUAACAAAGAGCGAGUACCUCGAAAAGAUUGUAGGCUUGGCGGAGCGAGGUGAAGUGCGCACUGAAGUUCAAGAAGUGAUUGAAGGUGCGUUUGACGAGAGGCAAGGAUGGAAAAGAGCUACCAAGGCGAUGGAAGACAAGAGGACGAGGGGUAAAAUCGUUCUUGCCAUCCCAUGA